UUCACAUGAUACUUUGAAAGCAUAAAUCUUUCACUAAUAACCAUAAAGUGCUUUUCUUUUUCCUGACUCACUGCUGCCCUGUCUGGUCUCCUCUCACCUUCAAGGUACUAUAAGCUGCAGCCAUGUCUGAGGGACCGAGAAAGCAAAAAUAUUCAGCCACACGCAGACUGCUGUUGAAGUCUAAACUGCUGAAGAAGGCAGCUUCUAUGCUCGUGGCUGAAGGUGAGCAGAAAAAAGAAGAGAAACAAAGAGCUGUAAAUGAGAGCUUCCCACCACUGAUGCUAUCAGGUCUGUCAGUCCAGGAGCUCCAGGACCUUUGCAAAGAAUUACAUCGGAAGAUUGAUGUUGUAGAUGAAACACGUUAUGAUAUGGAGCUUAAAGUAGUCAAAAAUGAUAUGGAGAUCCAGACCCUGACUCAGAAGAUCAUUGAGCUGAAGGGUGUAAAGAGGCCCAGCCUGAAGAGGGUGAAGAAAACAACAGAUGACAUGCUGGGUGCAUACACCGACAGCACCAAACUCAUGAAGGCUGACUUCAAAGCCAACCUUAAGACAGUGAAGAAAGAUGAGGAAAAGAGGGAAGAGGUGACAGACUGGCGUAAGAACGUGGAGGCCAUGUCUGGCAUGGAGGGCAGAAAGAAGCUGUUUAAUGCCGCACAGUAAGAAGGUGCUCAUGUUAAAAAGAUUACGGUAGCAACAUGUCAUCUUCCCAAAAUAAACUUGUAGUUUGCAAUGUUCAC